GGCCCUGAGCGGGCGGGGGGGGCCCCAGGAGCUCUAACUGCGCAGCCCAGCCGGCAGUUCAGCCCGCGUCGUUGCUCCCGGGACUGUGGAGGCUCCUGGUGGCACUGCUGUUUCGUGUUGGACGCGUCUGCCCUGUGUCUGUCUCCUUCCCCUUCCCCCCAGCCACAGUUUGCCUAAAGAGGGCAAAUCCUGUACAGUUCCUGCAGAUUAAAAAUAUGCAAAGAUAGGACCUCAAGUCCUUGUGUAACGGAGGCAUUCAUUCAAGCGGUCACAUUCCCAAGGCCAGUGUUUCAUAGGCCAUUGUGCUGUGUUUUGUUUUAUUUACAGUCCUGAAGAGUCUACUUUUGCCCUCUCAUUUUUUCCCAUUGAAGUAAUAAAUCCAGUUGUGGAGACUCAGAAACUUUAUGAAGGGAUAUAGUUUGCAUUCUGUGCAAUGUAAUUUUGUGUAUGAAUUAUAUUUUUAAUUUAUGAAGGGUUUUCAGAAAGAAGGCUAGUAGGGUUAAUUAUUGGUACAUUACGCAUGAAUAGUGAUUCUGUUGAUAAUGCAGUAUCUUCUUAGGCUUAUGUGUUAACACUAGAAAGGACAAACUGUAUCUUGAUAAAUAUUUACCUUUAAUUACAAAAUGAGUAAUAUACAUGCAUGAUUCUUAAACAAAAAAAGUUAAUUUUUUAAGAAAGUUUCUCCUGUGAAAAUUUUAUGGUUAACUAGUUAAAUUUAUGGAGAAAAUACCCUCAAUUGAUCAAGUGUAAUAAACUGUUUGCAAAGUUAGGAAGAAAAACAACAUAAUGAUGCUGCAGGUAAUGGAAACAAAUAUAGACAAUAUUUAACAAAGAUGGAAGAGUUAUCAGUUUUUGAAGGAAGCAGAAUUCAUUUCCUUUGACAUCACACAGGCUUCAAGAAAGCUAGUAGGUAUUGACAUCCCCGAAAGUUGUUAGCUGAAGCUAAUUUAACCUUCUUAAGUAAAUACUGCGUUGGUAAACUGUGAAAUUAGCUUUUAGAUAAUGCGACCAUAUGGAGACUUUAAUUCUUUUUUACUAGAAUAAAAGAUUUUUUAAAGUAUCAUACUAAAGUGCUGGUAGGGAAAGAAGCCUGCAUUUAGUUUUUUUCCUCUUGUAGAAUAAUAAUUAAUUGGCUUUAUAACCAGGCUUUGUAACUUAUAACCAAAGGCAAAUUAAAGGCAUAAUUUAGGUAUUCUAUGCUUGUUUAGAAUUUUGGGACUAUAAACCUCUGUUUUAACAUUUUCAGAAGUGUGUUAGCUUCUUUCAUGCUGUUAGGUUAGUAUUGUACCAAAUAAUGAGCAAAUAGCACCGGAGUUGUAUAAUCCCAGAGUAUUAAGUAGUGUCUUGGUAGUUAGGAGAUUCAUCCUCCUGAGUAUAAACUCAGAUCUAAAUCUAGUAAGGAAGGUUUAGUGAAUUUUAUAUAAGUGGAGCCUAUCAUUUGAUUCUUUUUCAUGAUAAAAAUCUAGUGUGAUGAGAAGAGAAAUUUCACGUGAAGGAUUUUAGCCAUCAAAAAGUACAAUCACUUAUGCACAAAACUAUCUCCCAAGACUUGUCCCAGGUCCCUCGUAUUGAAAAAUUAAGAGUGUGAUGGAAGAUAGCACGAUCUUGUCAAAUUGGACAGUUGGCAACAAACAAAAAAUGAAAUAUGACUUUUCCUGUGAACUCUACCGAAUGUCUACAUAUUCGGCUUUCCCUGCUGGAGUUCCUGUCUCAGAAAGGAGUCUUGCUCGUGCUGGUUUUUAUUACACUGGUGUGAAUGACAAGGUCAAAUGCUUCUGUUGUGGCCUAAUGCUGGAUAACUGGAAACAAGGAGACAACCCUAUGGAAAAGCAUAAACAGCUAUAUCCUAGCUGUAGCUUUGUUCAGAAUCUAGUUUCUGUCACUUGUCUGGAAUCCACCUCUAAGAAUGCUGCUUCUUCAAUGAGAAAUAGUUUUACACAUUCGUUGUCGCCCACUUUGGAACAUGGUAACACUUCCAGUGCUUCCUAUUCCAACCUUUCACCAAACCCUCAUAAUUCUAGAGCAGUUGAAGACUUCUCCCCACUGAGGACUAACCCCUACAUUUAUGCGAUGAGUACUGAAGAAGCCAGAUUUCUUACUUACCAAACGUGGCCAUUAACCUUUUUGUCACCAUCAGAAUUGGCAAGAGCAGGCUUCUAUUAUAUAGGACCUGGAGAUAGAGUAGCCUGCUUUGCCUGUGGUGGGAUGCUAAGUAACUGGGAACCGAAGGAUGAUGCCAUGUCUGAACACCGGAGACACUUCCCUAACUGUCCAUUUUUGGAAAAUUCUCAGGACACACUGAGGUUUAGCAUUUCAAAUUUGAGCAUGCAGACACAUGUGGCUCGACUGAGAACUUUUAUGUAUUGGCCAUCUACUGUACCAGUUCAGCCUGAGCAGCUCGUAGGCGCUGGUUUCUAUUAUGUGGGUCGCAAUGAUGAUGUCAAAUGCUUUUGUUGUGAUGGUGGCUUAAGGUGUUGGGAAUUAGGAGAUGACCCCUGGGUAGAACACGCCAAGUGGUUUCCAAGGUGUGAGUUCUUGAUACGUAUGAAAGGGCAGGAGUUUGUUGAUGAAAUUCAAGCUAGAUAUCCUCAUCUUCUUGAACAGCUGUUGUCAACUUCAGAUACUUCUGGCAAUGAAAAUGCUGAUCCACCAAUUGUUCAUUUUGGGCCUGGAGAAAAUUCUUCAAAUGAUGUAGUCAUGAUGAAUACACCUGUGGUUAAAGCUGCCUUGGAAAUGGGCUUCAGUAGAAGCCUGAUAAAGCGGACAAUUCAGAGUAAAAUCCUAACAACUGGAGAGAAUUAUAAAACAGUUAAUGAUAUUGUGUCAGCACUUCUUAAUGCUGAAGAUGAAAAAAGAGAAGAAGAGAAUGAAAGACAAACUGAAGAAACAGCCUCAGAUGAUUUGUCGUUAAUUCGGAGGAAUAGAAUGGCGCUCUUUCAGCAGUUGACAUGCGUGCUUCCUAUCCUGGAUAGCCUUUUAAAGGCCAGUGUGAUUAAUAAACAGGAACAUGAUAUUAUUAAACAGAAAACACAGAUACCUUUACAAGCAAGAGAACUGAUUGAUACCAUUUUAGUUAAAGGAAAUAGUGCUGCCAACAUCUUCAAAAACUGUCUUAAAGAAAUUAACUCUACGUUAUAUAAGAACUUAUUUGUGGAAAAGAAUAUGAAGUAUAUUCCAACAGAAGAUGUUUCAGGUUUGUCACUGGAAGAACAACUGAGAAGGUUGCAGGAAGAAAGAACUUGUAAAGUGUGUAUGGACAAAGAAGUUUCUAUUGUAUUCAUUCCUUGUGGUCAUCUGGUAGUAUGCCAGGAAUGUGCCCCUUCUCUAAGAAAAUGCCCUAUCUGCAGGGGUAUAAUUAAGGGUACUGUUCGUACAUUUCUCUCAUAAGAGAAAAACAGGCUAUAUAUUAGUCUAUAUAUAAAAGUCUUUAAAAUGUUAUAACAUUUGAAUCUAUCUGAAAUAAAAAUAAUUGUUGGUUGUUUAAUUAGUAA